UAUUUUUAAUAAGACUUCUUUUAUUAAAAUAGAUUUUUAUUACAAUAAUUUUAUUUACAUUUUUAUGCCAUGAAAUAUAAAUAUCAUGUAUAGAUGGAUUAGUCAUCCCCACCAAAAAUUCAAUAACCUAUCAGCAAGCUUACAUUCAUAGUAGGGGAACCAAGGUAACAGAAUGAGAGUAUACUAGCUUCUUUCAGUAGUUUGACAAUAAAUACAAAUGAGUUCGUUUAGACUGGUAAAAAUUUAUCAGCCAAUCCUAUUAAUUAGUACUAUUUUAAUUAGCUCAUAAGAAUGAUAAUGAAGUUUUUACAAUAAUGAUGGAAGUAAAAAUAAAAUGGAACAGACAUCUGUCGGAUAAAAUUAUUUGAUCAAUGCCAAGCUUAAACAAAUAGAUAUCUUUUGUGGAGAAAAUAGUUAAGAUUAAUUAUAUCUACAGAUCUAUUUUUUCAAAAUAUGGCAAAAGGUUUUGUGGUGAUAACUCUUUUUUUAUCUUUAAUUAGUCUAUUUUCAUUAAUACUUUACAUUCUUGGAGGUGUACGUUAUUUAACUACUCUAGAAUCUCAUACUUGUGAUAUGACAUUCAUGUUUGAAUAUCCCCAAUAUGUGAAAAUAAAACUAAAUCCAGAAAUAGAAAAAAAUUAUCCAAAGUUUGGUUUGUAUGUUUAUGGAGAAGGUUAUAUGGUUGAAAAGUUAAGACGAAUGAAAUUUUCUGGAAUACCUGUUUUAUUUAUUCCUGGAAAUGCUGGUUCACAUGAACAAGUAAGGUCCAUUGCUUCAGUAAGUCUGAGAAUGAGUCUGAAACGAAAAACAUCCUUUCACUUUGAUUACUUCACAGUAUCGUUAGCAAAAGGUCUCUCUGCUCUUUAUGGAGGUGUUUUGGAUGAACAGACACAGUUUGUUAAGUAUUGUAUUCACCAUAUAUUAAAUUUUUAUGGUGGAAAUGUAGAUAAAGUAUUAUUAAUUGGUCAUUCGAUGGGUGGUAUUGUUGCCAAAGCAGCUUUAUUACAAGAUGUGUCUUCGAACACAAGUUUAGCUAAUAUUUUGAUCAACUUGGCUAGUCCUCAUAUUCCAAGUGUUGCGUUUGAUAGAACAUUUGCCAAUUAUUAUCAUCGAGUUAAUGCACAAGCUGAAAAACUGAAACAAAUGGGAACCACUGUUAUUUCUAUUGGUGGAGGUCCACGAGAUAGUCUAGUCACUUCAUCACAAACCAUCGAUCCUCAUGCAGAUUUAAAUGUUCUAUCUUCAGCUAUUCCUAAUGUAUGGAGAUCGCAAGAUCAUUUAUCGAUUUUAUGGUGCAAACAGUUGAUUAUAGUUUUAGUACGUAGUUUAUUCGACUGUGUAGAUACUUCAGGACGAAUUCCUACAAUAAAGUCUGACUCUUCGGCCAAAUUACAAGCAUUGACUUAUCAUCUAUCUAGUCGAUAUUCUGGAAAGAAAUUGCCUCAUUAUGAGAAUAAAUCUCAAUUUCAAUCCAAUGCAAUUGUUAUUCCUGUCACUUCUCCACAGUAUACUUUUUAUGGCAGUAAUUAUAGUGAGAUUUACCAAGGAAAAAGAAAUGAUCGUCCAAUAUAUUUAAUGAUUCCAAUUAAAGAAGAGUUUAUAACUUAUGAUAAUCUUAGUGUGGAUACUAUUGACUUAGAAACUACAGACUGGCUCUUUGCAUGUUCAGAAUUAUCGUCAGAUUCAUUGUGCAAAUGGGGAUGGAAUUUUACAAAUCGCACGAAAUUAUUUCCCGAUCAUUUGUAUCGACUACGAAAAAGUGUUGAUUUAGACCUUAAUACUUCACGUAAUGUUUUUGGAGCAACACACAUAAUAAUAAAAAUUUCAGCAGAAGAUAUGAGUAAAAAAAUACCAGUAUUGAUCCACAUCGAUAUGUAUUCUUUUAAAGAACGAAAAGUACAUAUCGACGAUGAUAGUCCAAGUUGGCUUCCUGUACCAAUUAAUUUUGUGAUUGGGUCGUCGAAAAGCUCAACUGUAACUACUGAACCGGGUAUUCUUCGCUAUUAUUUCAUUACAACAGGUAUUCCGGAUGCAAUAAAUAUUGUAUUACAGUCUAUUGAUGGUGGAGAAUACAUCAAUACAUUCGGAAGUGUUGGUAUUGAAACACGAGAAUUAUGGAAUCCUUCAAAUUCAGUUAUAAGUCAAUAUUCUACUCUUACAGAAGUUGAUGUUGGACGAACAAAUACCAUUCGUUUACAAACUCCAGUUAAUGAUAACUCUUCAUUAUAUACUGUUGCUAUCAGAGUAACUUUAGAUCCUAGAUUUUCAUACAAGAUUUUCUUACGCCGAGCUGGCAUUAUUGAUAGAAUAGUUAUUUUUGUAAGAGAUCGAUGGUUUCGUCUUUAUCCAAUACUUAUAGGUUUACUAUUGCUCAUGAUUACCAUGAGAAUGGAUAACAACAAAUACAAAACUCUAUUAACUUUCGGAGUUACUUCUGUUGUUAGUUUAAUUUCUGGUCUACUGUUUGAAAGCUGCGUAGCCAUUGGACUGUUGAUUGUUUUAGCUAUUGCUACGUGCUGUGCUGUUAUUUUUUCAGGAUCCAUAGUUCAUAAUUUAACAGCUAGAUUUUUGGCAAGAGCAUUGGCUCAUUUUCCAAUCGCUUGGUACGAUUGGUUACUUCGUCAGACUUUGGAUAGCUUACCAAUUUUUAUAAGCUUCAUUUUUAUUGUUUUAAUAUCUGGCAGCUGUGCUGCAAUUAUUAUGUUGUUGUCUGUUGUAUUUUAUUUUUUAAAGUUGACUCGUAUGUAUGAAGAUUAUUUAGAAGAAUUGUUUAUGGCGUCUUUACGUAAUUUUGCUCGUAAAUUCAGAAGAUCAUCAAGUAAACAAUCUAAAAACGACUCACAAAAAAUUACUAAAAGUGAAGACGUAGAUCCAACAACUAAUAUAAUUAAUCACUUAUUAUUAUUUAUUACUUGGUAUCUUACUGCUGCAUCAGCCAUUCCAACAGCUCUUGUUUGGGCGAAAAAUUUUAGUUAUGAAACUCGACUGUCAACAGAAGACACGACUAUGUUUAUCAGUUGGAUUACUUUAACUGGAUGGGCUUCAUUUGGUUAUGUUAAAAUUACUCCAUUCAUAGAAAAUGAUGACAUAAAAAUCCAGUUAAUUUUAGUUGUUGAACGAAUACUUGGUUGGAUUCUACUAUUAAUGGCAGCGACAAAAAAUCCGGCUACUUAUCAGUGGACAAUACCACCAGUGGUAGCAAUUUUUAUCUCUUGUAUUGUAUUUUUAUCUAUUUUCGUUAAAACAUCUGAUACUUCUGAUGAUCAAAAUAGAUAGCAUGAAACAUGAUUAUUCUAACUUGAAAGAAUUUGUACAAAAGCAAAACAGUUAUAGAAAAUUACUAUUUGAUAGUAUUUUUUUUAAUAAAAAUUAGUAAACGUCGUUUUAUUCGCAUAAAAUAAACUAUUUUCAUUUA